AUGAAAACAACUUUUUCAUCCAUUUUCUUAACCCUCUUCCUCUUCACCACCACAAUCUCACCUCUCACCGCCAUAAUCCACGACUCCUCCGGUAACAAACUUCUCCAUGGCAUCCCCUACUACAUCCUCCCCCUCCUUCGCGGGUCCGGCGGCGGCCUCACCCUCUCCCAGACCACCAAAAACGCCUGUCCACUUAACAUCACUCAAGAACCCUUCGAAGUUAACCGCGGCACCCCCUUCACCUUCAACCCCAUCGUCCUAGACGAACAAUUCAUCCGCGGUGCAUACCCUCUAUCCAUAGAAGCCGAUGUUAUAAACCCAUGCAGCGGAUCAAAGAUAUGGAAGGUGGAGUCUACUACUUCUUCAAAGAAUAAUGGUGAUACGUUUGUGACAAGUGUAACUGUAAGAGAUAGUAACUCGAAGAAAAAAGACGAUGAUGAUGAUGAUGAUAAGGGUGUUGAUAUUGUUACAACUGGUGGAGAGUUUAACAAGCCGGAAAGUUGUUUCCAGAUUGUUGAAGAUGUUAUGAUGCCCGGGUUGCAAAGCUACCAGAUUCAGAACUGUCCGUUUAAAUGUGGUUCGAGUGAUGACGGUUUUACGUGUUAUAAUGUUGGAGUUGUUACGGAUGUUGAUGGUAAUGGGUAUCUUGGUCGGACUGAUGCUAUGUUUCCUGUCGUGUUUGAGAGUUCUUAUGGCACCUACGUUUAG